AUGUUAUUUCUUUUUAUAAUUGUUAGGUAAUGAGUUUAAAACAUUAAUAGUUUAUCAUACGCAGCAACAUUAAUAAAGCCGGUGACCAUCAUUAAUGUAAUUAAUGGAUAUCUAGUUAUAGCCAUACGAUUAAUUGUGCAGCGGUGCUGGAGAAUGUUGUGCAUGUUCAAAAACAGGGUAUUGUUCUUCCAAUCAAACAUGUACGUGUGCUGCAUCUUAAGGUAGUCAAAUGUCAGGCUAAACUUGUUUGUUGAACUCAACAGAAAAUUCAGCUGUUGAAAAAUAGUUAUCAAAUGGAGCUGAUGAAUCAUCAAUAGCAAGGUUAAAAUGAUGAACAAUAUUAGCUUCUCUGUUAUCUAAGUUUAUGAUUUAUUGAAUAGGAAUUCUACUUUGACAUAUAAAUAAUUAUUUGCUAUAUAUGAAUUAGGACUAUCUAUAGCUAAAAGUAGUGUUUAACAAAGUGAAAUAAAUUGGUUUUUAAAAAGCAUUGAAUUCGUUACAAAGAAAUUAAAAGCAAUCUAAACAUUAGAAGUAAGUGCUCUUCAGACAUUUUAAAUACAAAUAAUUGAUUUAAUUAGAUCCUUAAUGUUCAAAUAUAUUGAUUUAGACUCAAAAAAAAAUCCGAUCUUCUUUGAAUAAGGUUAUUUCAGUGCUAUAAUAGCUAAAUGGAAAGAUACAAGUAAAUUUUUCAAUUUUAAUUCUCAUAGUAAAUUAUUCUAAUAUGAAAUUAAACUCAAAAUCAAUUAAAUCAGCUUAAUGCGAAUACAAAUAUAAAUCUGUAUUGAUUAGGGUAUUAUAAUGAAGAUUAAUUAUAGUAUAAAUUAGUUCUAGCAGUUUCAAAUGAUAUGAUAGAUGCAUUCACAAAUUCUACAUUUACAUAUAAUUCUACAGUUACAUAUUGUUAAUUUAUGGAUAAAUAUGGUGAAAUUUAUUACCCUCCUUCCUCUGAAUUUCAUUAUUGGCAUUAUGUACCAAAUUUUGAUUAUGAGCCAUUAUUGAAAAUGUCUGAUGUCAUAGGAUUGGGAUGUUUUUAAGUAAAUUCUAAAAUAUUAGAUAGAUUAAAUUAUCCAAUUCAGUUUAUGGUUUGGCAUACAAUAAUUAGGAUUGUUAAUAUAAAGAAAUAACUUCAUCAAGACCAGUACCUUAUUGUUAAUGCAACGAACCUGGAAUUACUUUUGUUUAAGUUUUAUGGAAUGAUGAAAAGAUAGCUUAACUUGCCCUGGCUACAGGAACAUCAAAUUCAACAAAUACAACAGAUUCUUAUGGAAAAUUAUUGAUCAUUACAUAUUUAGCCAUAUAAAUUUUAUUAUGA